UCUUUCAGUACAGUAACAGCACCCGUUAAGAACGGAACGUUCUUAAAGAGAGCAAUGCAGUUCAAUUGUAUAUUCUGGUCCUUGUUACUGCUGGCGAUUGGUGAUGGAUUGGCUUUCGAUUACUGUGCUGCUUCGGAAAAGCUAUGCUCCAAUCCCGGUACGCGUCACGUCGUUUGCAAUGGCAGGAAGUUUUCGCCUGCCUGCCAACGUCCAAAGCUUAUUAAGAUGAAGCCCGAAUAUCAGGCUCAGAUACUGGAGUACCACAACAGAUUGCGGAAUAAUCUUGCUUGCGGAUACUUUCGCCGGUACGCUGAAGCAAGCUCGAUGGAGCAGUUGCACUGGGACAAUAAACUGGCCCGCAUAGCUGAAUACAAUGCGAGAACAUGCAACUUUGAACACGAUCAAUGUCGAAAUACGCGCAAAUAUCGCUCCGUUGGUCAAAAUCUUGCCAUCAAUUGGUUCUACGGGAUGAACGUUACUGUAUUCCAAGCAUUGGACAAGUUUCAACGCCACUGGUUCCUGGAGUACGGUAAAGGCCGUCAGAAACUGCUCGAUCGUUACUCCCAACACUCGAUAAAUGCCGGCAUUGGCCAUUUCACACAAAUGGUACACGCUAAUACGCAGUACAUCGGUUGUGCGAUGGUACGCUUCCAAGGGAUUCAGCAAGGGCGUCCGGUGACACAGUACUAUCUAGUAUGUAACUACUCUGAGGGCAAUCUUUACGAGCGGCCCGUCUAUCGCAAGGGAAAACGGUGCAGCAAGUGCAAAUAUGGUUGCGCCGACGACACCUCCUACAGCUGUCUGUGCCGUUCGCUCGUGCGGAACUAGCGAAGAGUGUGUACUUCAAGCAGAUCAUUUUUUUUUAAGAAGCAGAGAUCAAUGCGAUAGCUUCACUCGAGGGCUUGACGCCAGCAGUGCGAAGAGAACUCCUAACGAUUGGGCAGUAGGAGGCACAUUAGCGGAUAAAUCCAAUAAAUACUUCUUCCUGUACGUCGAACCAUGUGGUAAGUGUAAUCGAAACCAUACACAUACUACUUCAACAAAACUCCGUCCAGAUUAAGUUACGAAGAAACUAAUAUCUUGGUGUCUACAACAAUUAAGACUCACCGACAAACCAUUAUACAAAGAAUUUUAGAUGCACGAAAAUAAAAAUCUACAUGCACAGCACUUUUGCAG